ACUCUGCGCGCUUCGCCCGUUGCCGUGGUGACCCGCGCGGCGAGCGGAAGUCGAAGUUUCCCGCCAAUGUAGCCUGGAUAAAGGCAGAGGGCGGGGGAGGCGGCCUUGGUUCAGACGCCCAGUUCCGAAAUGGCGGACGUGCUGGAAGGACCUCGGGUGCGCGUAGCCACAAAUCAGUUGGCGCAGUACAUUGGGAAGCCCGUUUGUUUCGUGGGGCGCCUGGAAAAGAUUCAUCCAUCUGGGAAAUUUUUCUUCCUAUCUGAUGGAGAAGGAAAAAAUGCAACCGUGGAACUGGACACACCUCUUGAAGAAGAGAUCUCUGGGGUCAUUGAAGUAGCAGGAAGAGUUACAAAUCAAGUAAACAUCAUGUGUGCAUCAUAUACCCAGUUCAGAGAAGAUAAAAACGCAUUUGAUUUAGCACUAUAUAAUGAAGCUCUGAAAAUUCUCCAUGAAUUUCCUGACUACUACCCUUUUAGUACUAAUGCAUGAUUGGUACUCUUUGUUACAACUUAAGAGUGGACAAUUUGGUGAUGCUUACUGAACAGAACUGUGAAGAAUCUCAGUAUGAAAUAAUCUUGCUUAAAGUGUACUUGGGACUGUCUGCUAUGCCAGCAAUAUAGUACAUAAUCUAGAAGUUCAUGCAUUUGUAUCCUAAAUGGCGAUGCUGUCCUGAGGACAAAAAACCUGUGUCUAGUGAGAGACAGUAUUUCGCAAUAGAUACGCAUUUUAAUGUUAAGCUGUUACUCAGGUAACCAUCUUAGGUAAAUACAUAACACAGUGUUUAUUAUUUUAUUUUAUUUUUAGGUGAUCUUUUGUACAUGAAAAGUAUCAGAAAAAUCAGUGUAUUAAAUAAAAAGCAAACUAUCAUAAUAUUGAUGACAUCUAAAGUAAAACGUGUUUGGUUUUAUUCUAAGACUUAAUUGGCACUUUAGUCUCCUUACCUAACCAGCAUGUUAUAGCAGUUCAACAAUAAACACCAUUUAUGUAGUA